GCACUGCCAUUGGCGGCCUCACCUGUUGAUCACCGUGUCCCUGCUGGUGAUUCCCUGUCGGCACCCAGCGAUCAGCAUGUAUCACUGACGGGGGAGAGGUCUGUAUGUAAACAAUACAGAUCUCUCCCCUGUCAGCUCCUGCACAUUGCUUUGUAUUGCUCUGCAUAGCAGAGCAACAGUAAAGCACACACACAGCACACAGUAAAACACAACACAGCGCACAGUUAACCCUUUGAUCGCCCAAGAUGUUAACCCCUUCCUGCCCAGUGUCAUUAGUACAGUGUCAGUGCUUUUUUAUUAGCACUGAUCACUGUAUUGGUGUCACUGGGGAUGUCAGUGACAGUUAGUCAGUUCCUGCGCAGUGUCAGAAUGCCCGCCACAGUCCCGCAGUCUCAUUAUAAGUCACUGA